AUGAAGGUCGCCGUUGUGGGUUCUGGCGCCGCUGGAUUAGCUGCAACUUGGCUUUUGAAUCAACACAGUGAACACGAGGUCCACCUCUAUGAAGCUGAUAGUCGGCCUGGUGGGCAUGCAAACACAGUCAAAUUCACUACUCCAGGAAGGGCGCCAGAUGAAGGCGUAUACGUUGACACUGGCUUCAUUGUCUUCAAUCCCAGCACAUACCCGAACUUUAUAAAAUUCCUCAAAAUGGAAGGCAUCAAGUACGACCCGACCGAGAUGACCUUCAGUGUUACCCGAGAUGCUGGGGCCUUUGAGUGGGCUGGAAACAACCUAUUCACUGUCUUCUGCCAGCCGUAUCGACUUCUUGAUCCCUCGAUGUGGCGUUUGGUUUACGAUGUUCUCCGCUUCAACGCCUAUGCGCGAAACAUAUUGUCACAGGAGGAAGAGUUGCUGAAAGAAAUGUCCAUUGGCGAAUACCUGGAUCGCCAAGGCUACUCUGACGCAUUCAAAGACAAUUAUCUCAUUCCUAUGACCGCAUGCAUCUGGAGCACUCCGCCAGAUAAAUGCGCAUUGGACUUCCCUGCACGCACCUUGGUUCAAUUCUUGUCGAAUCACCACCUCCUUCAGAUAACUGGUAAGCCUUCGUGGCUAACAAUUGAGGGAGGCAGCCGCGAAUAUGUCAACAAAAUCAUCUCAAACCUCCCUCAAGACCAGCUCCACCUUGCAACCCCAGUGGCUUCAGUCAGCACAGAAGAAGGAACGGGCGGUAUCCGGCUUACGACGAGUAAUGGUGAAACGCAAACAACAUACGACCAUGUGAUUUUUGCUUGCCAUUCUGAUACUACGCUGGCCAUUCUCCGCGCUGGGCAAGGAAUGACGGUAGAUGAAGAGCGAAUACUCAAGAUGUUCCAAUGGAAUCGCAAUGAAGCUGUCUUGCAUUCUGAUGUUGCUCUUAUGCCGCGCAGUCGCUUAGCAUGGACGUGUUGGAACUAUCUCACUCGGACGGUACUUGAUACUCAAGGAAAGCGAAAGGCAAAUUCGGACGAGGUUUCUUUAACAUGUAACAAGUCUAUGAUUCAUGGGAUGAACGACUUGCAGCAUCUUCCUCUGAAAAAGCACGGGCCUGUUCUCGUCACCCUCAACCCACCAUUCGAGCCUCGGGAAGAUCUUGUUGCAGGACGGUGGAAGUACGACCACCCGGUGCUUGAUGCCAACGCUAUCCGUGCUCAGAAACUUGUACGGACUAUUCAACGCACACGUGGGAUUUCUUAUGCUGGGGCUUGGUUGAAAUACGGCUUCCACGAAGACGCAUUUGCCUCUGGGCUUGACGCAGCACGGCAUUUAAUCUCUUCGGGUAGGCCCUUACCAUUCGACAUUGACUUGGAGGUGGAUCGGAAACCACCAAGUGCUUGGCUGGCCGUGUUGCUACUAAUGUUGUUCGAAAAGAGCGGGGCAGAGUAUGUAGUAGGGACUGUGGGGGCGUGGGCCUGCUCUCUAUUGGGCUGGGUUGUUUGGAGGGUGUUCGGCUGGGGUGCAAGAUUGAGAGAUGAGGCUGAUGCGAGAAGGAAAAUGAAGGUGGAUUAA